AACUAUUACAAAUCCAUGUAUGUAGUUUGUAUAUGGUUUGUAUUAAAUAAUGAUGGACUUCCUUUAAUGCUCGACCUGGAUAUCAUAUCUCUAUACCACACGUAAGACGGCGAUAAGGAGCCUACCGUUUCAUAGAGCCAUUGGAGUGGACAGGUCAGAUAGGUGUUUUUCAUCAUUCCCUUUUGAAAGACACAAUGAUGUUUCGUGCUCUACUGUUGACUUUUGGUGCAGGUCUACUUCCGGUCCUGGCUACAAAGGAUGUCUGUCUAUGUACAAACACUGACGUAAUUUUACGACAAACACCGAAUCCCACAGCUCCUAUAGCUGGAAGACUAGCUUCUGGAUUAUGUCUUAAUGCAUCUCAGUAUGAACGAAAGGGCCAAUGGCUGGAGAUAGGUGGAAAGGGGUUACAGUCCGGCUACCUCUUUGAAUCAGACGACGUUCGCCAAAGGAGUUGUCCAGAUCACAUUUCCUCACGGUCUACGCAUGAUGAAUUGUACUGUCAGCAUGAGUGCCGGUAUGCUGAGUGUUGUACAGCUGAUGUUGCUGCUGAACAUCAUCAUGGAGUUCAUUGUGGCCAUUCCUGCGAUCAUCAUCACUGCUGCAAUAACCCAAUAUGGUCGCAUUGGGAUAGCUGUAGCGUAACCUGUGGAAUUGGCACGAAACAUCGUCACUGUUUGCAGCAUUGCUCGUCACAAAACCCGACACAAACACAACUCUGUCAUAAAAGCGCAUGCCCAGAUGUGACCCCUACAGCUGAUCACGUGUGUGACAAAGAGUCUGUCGUCCAGGCGGUUGCCUUCCAAAUCUCAGCUAACUGCACCGUUAGAGAAUACGCAUCGUAUACCCCGUUUUUGGUCCAGCAUUGUGGUGCCCCAGAAUCAGUUGGAGAUUGGGUCAACGGUACAAUGAUAUACACUGGUUGUAAUACAGUACCGAUGUAUGCUCCCGUAGCUACGUUCCACCUCAGCUCUCAUGCAGUUAGCAUAGCAGGGAUUUUUGUUGGAUGCGAGGCGAAUGGAGAGUUCAAGGUAGUCACAAGCCCAUGUGGACAGGAACCACAGAUAGUGCAUAUUUCCAGCACAAAUUCGCUUUUCAAACACUUUUACCAAAUAAAGUGGUAAUUGUUAGAGUGAAAUAUUAUA